CCGGAUAUUAAAAGUAAAAGUAACUGUAAUAAUAGCAAUCAGAGUAAAAAAAGAAGAAAAAAUUUACAUUCAAAAUGGAUUUAAAGAGUUCAAAUACAAGUGAAUUUACUGAACCGUAUAUAACAAGCAGUAAAUCAACAGAUUUUAUCAAACCCAAAGAGGAGCCAGACAAUUUUACACCAAUGGUGCCAAAAGCCGAAGUGUACAAAGUUUACAAACGCCGUUGGGCAGUGUUAAUAUUAUUUGCAUUUUAUUCUGCCUCGAAUUCGAUGCAAUGGAUACAAUUCAGUAUUAUUCAAAAUAUUGUAACCAAAUACUAUGGGGUCAGCGAUGUAUGGAUUGAUUGGACAUCAAUGGUUUAUAUGAUUUUAUAUAUACCCUUAAUAUUUCCAGGCAGUUGGUUUUUGGAUAAAAUGGGCUUACGAAUCACAGCCGUGGUGGGUAUAUUUGGAACUUGCAUUGGCUCCUGGGUUAAAGUGUUUGCAGUACAACCUCAUUUAUUUUUUUUAAGCUUUGCUGGACAAAGCAUAGUAGCUCUUUCUCAGGUGUUCAUUUUGUCUUUGCCGGCUCGUUUGGCUGCUGUUUGGUUUGGUCCAGAUCAAGUGUCAUUUGCUUGCAGUGUCGGUGUAUUCGGCAAUCAGCUGGGUAUAGCCAUCGGUUUCGUUUUGCCGCCUAUGCUGGUGGCCAACUCUGACGAUCUCAAUGUUAUCGGAAAUGAUUUACAAUGGAUGUUCAACUAUGUUGCGGGUUUAACUACAGUCCUAUUCAUCUUGAUAGUGCUGUUUUUCCAAGCCAAACCACCUACACCACCCUCGGCUGCACAAAAAGUUGCUGGUCCUGGUUCGGAGGAGGCAGAAAAUCAAAUUACUUUUAUGCAAUCGCUUAAGAAUCUAAUAACUAACGUUAAUUAUAUAUUACUAUUGAUCUCGUACGGUAUGAAUGUCGGUGUCUUCUACGCCAUAUCAACUUUACUUAAUCCGGUGGUUCUUAAAUAUUAUCCUGGCCAUGAAAUCGAUACAGGUCGUAUUGGUUUAUCCAUUGUUUUAUCGGGAAUGUUAGGCUCCGUGGUAUCGGGUAUCAUUCUUGAUAAAAGUCAUAAAUUCAAAGAAACGACUUUAGGAGUUUAUGCUUUUUCAAUGGUCGGCAUGUGGGUAUUCGCUUUUACACUGGAUACCGGAAGUAUUGUAGUAGUUUAUAUAACGGCAUCAUUGCUUGGCUUCUUUAUGACGGGCUAUUUGCCAGUGGGCUUUGAAUUUGCUGCCGAAUUAACAUUCCCCGAACCGGAAGGUACAUCUUCCGGUCUAUUGAAUGCGUCCUCACAAGUUUUCGGUAUUAUUUUCACAUCAAUGUAUUCGUGGUUGCUUAGCGAUUUCAGCGAUGUGGUGGCCAAUGUCACUAUGGCUAUUAUGCUGAUUGCUGGCACUAUUAUCACUGCUUUUAUUAGUUCCGAUUUGCGUCGCCAAAAUGCCCAAAUCAAUGAUAAACAACAAAAUCCAUAGGUUAAAGAAGAUUUUGUUUAAAUAACACAAUAACACAUGAUGAUGAAAAAAGACGGAUAAGAAAAAGAAGAAGAAAAAGAAGAAGAGAAAGAAUUCAGAUUUCGAAAAGUUUGAGGUUUUCAAUUCUUACAUGCUCGCUUAUGCGGAUAUCGGAUCAAGGAAGGAUAUUGUGUUAAUUAAACAAAAUCGUAAUAUCGCCAAAUAAUUUUUUUUUAUUUUUUA